AGUAAUCUUAGCUGGGUUUGGUGGCACCGUUGCAGGGAGGGGAUGGUAGGAAGUUGAGUAAGUGAGGAACCAUGUGCUAGCAAAUAUAUUCCAAGCGACAGCUGGAAGAACCAUGCCCCGGAUCGCCUGGAAUGCGGUAGACGGUGAGCGAACGGGACUUUUAUGGAAACUUGCUACGGGGGAGACGUAAUUUUACCCAAACGACAUUGAGUCUGGUCAAGUGGUGGUUCCAGGCCGGUACAUGCAGCAGCUCCGCUCCCCUUUUACUCUGAGAACUUCCGCGGAUUAACCAGCUCGACCCGAAGACCCAUUCCUGAUUUAUUUCCAAACUCACCCCCGGAGGAAGAUGCUUCUAUCUACAUCUAAACCUGUUCAUAAAUCAUACGUGCCAAAGCUGGCCAAGGGAGAUGUUAAGACUAAGUUCGAAGCCAUGCAAAAAGCGCGGGAGGAAAGGAGCAAGAGGAGAUCUGGAGAAGAAAGGAGAAGGAGAAAUGAACAGUAUAAGAAGGAGAAAGAAUGGACAAAGAUAAAACAGGAGCUAAGGGAACUACUUGCUUCAGAUGAUGAAGAUGAGAACAAAUCAAACGAACUGAAGAAGGCGUACGUCCCUAAAAUGACAGGGACAGUCAAGGGCAAGUUUGAGGAAAUGGAAAAGGUAAGGCAAGAGGAGGAGAAGAAAAGAAUGGAGGAGGAGCGGCAGAGAAGGAUUCAUCAGGACAUCCUGGAGAAGAGGAAGUUACAACGCGAACUUGCAAGAAAGGCCGCAGAGGAAAAGGAUGAGGAGACAGAGAGCCCAGCUGUCUGCAAGAGUGAAAUCCGCCCUGGGAAGUUAAAACUCAGCUUCGAAGAAAUAGAAAGGCGAAGACAGGAUGAGGAAAAGAGGAAAGUUGAGGAGGAAGCAAGACGGCGUAUUGAGGAAGAAAAGGCAGCCUUUGCUGAAGCACGCAAGUCUUUAGCGGAAGAUGAGGAAGAUCUACCCAGUCUCAGCAUGGCUCAGAAAGACCCAGUGCGACCCGGGAAACUGAAGCUGAGCUUCGAAGAGCUGGAGAGGCAGCGCCAGGAGGAGGAACAGCGCAGAGCAGAGGAAGAUGCUCGCAAGCGCCUGGAGGAAGAGAGGAAACAAUUUGCCGAAGCUCGGAGAAACAUGAGUCCUGACCAGGAUAGCAAUCAGAAGGAUCAUGCAAGUUCACACAAGGAGGAUUAUGGACCUGAUGAAGUAUCUGAUGAAGAACCAAACGAUGCCAAAAGAAUGUCUUUGGAUGUGAAUGAUAUGCACUGUCCAGGCAAAUUGGAAAUCAACUUUGAAGAGCUUUUGAAACAAAAGAUGGAGGAAGAGAAAAGGCGGACGGAGGAGGAGCGAAGACAGAAACUAGAACAGGAGAAACAAGAAUUUGAACAACAGCGACAAGAAAUGGGAGAGGAUGAAAUCAAUGAGAGCUCUGGAGUUGUAAGUACAGAGUAUGAAGAGCUGAUGAGGCUAAAAAGAACAGGUUCCAUUCAAGCCAAAAACUUAAAGUCAAAGUUUGAAAAGAUUGGCAAGCUGUCAGAGGAGGAAAUACAGAAGAAGAUCGAAGAUGAAAGAGCCAAGAGGAGAGCGGAGGACCUGGAGAUAAAGGAAAGAGAAUCUGAACGAUUCAGAGAGGAAGAAACAGAAGAGGUCACAAAGGAGCCUAAAAGAGAUGACGCUCCAUUUACACACAAAGUUGACAUGCGAGCUCGCUUUCAGCAAAUGGCUAAAGCAAGAGAGGAAGAAGAAAGGAGAAGAAUUGAAGAGCAAAAACUUCAACGGAUGCAAUUUGAGCAGAAGGAAAUUGAUGCAGCACUGCAAAAGAAAGGGGAUGAAGAGGAGGAGGAGGAAGGCAGCAUUGUUAAUGGAUCAACCUGUGAGGAUGACAAUGAAGAACUCAUUCGGUCUGGCGCUCCAUGGUUCAAGAAACCCCUCAAGAAUACAUCUGUUGUGGAUGGAGAGCCUGUAAGGUUCACUGUGAAAAUCAUGGGAGAACCCACACCAGGGGUCACGUGGUGGUUUGAGGGUGAAAUGUUGCAAGACUGCGAGGACUAUCAAUACAUUGAAAGAGGAGAAACUUACUGCCUUUACCUACCUGAAACCUUCCCUGAAGACGAAGGAGAAUACAUGUGCAAAGCUGUCAACACCAAAGGAACAGCUGCUAGCACUUGCAUUCUCACCAUUGAAAGUGUCAACUCCUGCUUGUACCCGAUUCCACAAGUACAAGCUAUUCUCCAGGAUGCCAUCCAACUGUUCAGUCAGCAAGCAUGAGCCACAACAGUGUAAAGAUUGUUCGGCUAUUUAACUAUUAACAUCUCAGUCAAAGCCAACCCGGACUUCAACUGGCACUGCCAUUUGCACGCUUCUGAAGUGGGGAUUACUAGAUGUUAAUUAAGGAUGAUUCACCUCAUGCAUCCUGGAUGAGAUCAGCCAAAUCUCUAGGACAACCAGCGAUGGGAAAUAAAUGCUGGCCUAGCCAGCACUGCCCAUAUCCCAUGAAUGAACAAAUAUUAAGAUACCAGGAAUCAAAUGUGGGCCCUGUUGGUCUGUACGGCCAAAAACAGACUGCCUUUAUUAAGAAAAAUGAGCCACUGAACAGAUCAGUGGAUUGCUUUUAAACAAGUGCAUGCAAAAUAUUAUAUAAAGAAACCUUGUCUUACUUGGAUCUGGUUGACCCUGUUGCUGCCAGGGCUGAUAGGCAUUCCCCCAUCCUUGUGGAGCAUAUGGAGCUGGUGGACCACUGCAGAGGUUAAGAGAUUACAUCAUGGCAACAUAAUACAUACUUUGGCUAAGUCUAAAACAAUUGUGUUGUGCAAAAUCAAUUUACUUACUGUUGAGGAGGACCAGGUGGCCCUGGAUUAUAGGGCCCCGGAUUA